AGUUGGAAGCGGCGAGUAUUUGAGGCAGGAAACGGGGGGGGGAUUUGUGCUGCUGGGGGCCCUCUUUUUCUUUAUCUGUGUGUGGCAUCGAGGCAGCUUGCUGCACUUACCCUACAGUGCCCGUGUGGGGACUUCCGGUUAGAGAGCGUCUGUGUCCCCCGGGACUGGUGCCCUGGUGGGGUGUGUGUGCGCGCGCGUUUUUAGGGUGGGGGUUGUGUCUGAACCAGUUAGGAAGAAUGACUUUGGAGUCCAUGAUGGCGUGCUGCCUGAGCGAGGAAGCUAAAGAAGCCCGGCGGAUCAACGACGAGAUCGAGCGGCAGCUGCGCCGGGACAAGCGGGACGCUCGUCGGGAACUGAAGCUGCUGCUGCUGGGCACAGGAGAGAGUGGCAAAAGCACGUUCAUCAAACAGAUGAGAAUCAUUCAUGGAUCAGGUUACUCUGAUGAAGACAAAAGGGGCUUUACGAAAUUGGUGUACCAGAAUAUAUUUACAGCGAUGCAGGCCAUGAUCAGAGCCAUGGAUACCCUCAAAAUCCCAUACAAGUAUGACCAUAAUAAGGCUCAUGCACAGUUAGUUCGAGAAGUCGAUGUUGAGAAGGUGUCAACUUUUGAGAACCCCUAUGUAGAUGCACUGAGAAGUUUAUGGAAUGACCCUGGAAUCCAGGAAUGUUAUGAUAGACGACGAGAAUAUCAGUUAUCAGAUUCGACAAAAUAUUACCUUAACGACUUGGACCGCAUAGCAGAUUCAGCCUAUCUGCCAACUCAGCAAGAUGUGCUUAGAGUUCGAGUCCCAACAACAGGGAUCAUUGAAUAUCCAUUUGACUUACAAAGCGUCAUUUUCAGAAUGGUGGAUGUAGGAGGCCAACGAUCAGAAAGAAGAAAAUGGAUACAUUGCUUUGAAAAUGUCACAUCUAUCAUGUUCCUAGUAGCUCUUAGUGAAUAUGAUCAAGUGCUUGUGGAGUCCGACAAUGAGAAUCGAAUGGAAGAAAGCAAAGCACUCUUUAGGACAAUUAUCACAUAUCCAUGGUUCCAGAAUUCUUCGGUCAUUCUGUUCUUAAAUAAAAAAGAUCUUUUAGAGGAGAAAAUUAUGUACUCCCAUUUAGUUGAUUAUUUCCCAGAGUAUGAUGGACCACAACGGGAUGCACAAGCAGCAAGAGAGUUCAUCUUGAAGAUGUUUGUAGACCUGAAUCCAGAUAGUGACAAAAUUAUCUACUCCCACUUCACUUGUGCUACAGACACAGAGAAUAUACGCUUUGUCUUUGCUGCUGUCAAGGACACAAUUCUACAGUUAAACCUGAAGGAAUACAACCUGGUUUAACUGUGCCUAAGAGGCCCUCCAAGACCAUCUUUGUGUGAUUGAAGAUGCACAAUAGGGACUGGAUUAUCUGUGAAAGCAAGUUGCAUAAUGCUAAUUUAUUGCUGGCCUGCACUCUGCGAAUGUUCAGAGUUUUUUAGUUGAUAUUAUGAUUUUAUUUAAACUAUAUGGAGGAAAACCAGAAGAUGCUGAAAUACAUUCGCAGUACAUUUUCUUAUUUUUUAGGCAAAAUCUUGUGACUCAGUGGUUUCUAAAUUCUCAGUCAUACACUCACAAAGGAUAACAGGUUUUUGCUAAUGAAGCAAAAUCAAGCUGGUUUCCUCUUUCCCUGAACCUUUCUCUCCCUCCUUCCUCCCCUGCUAUGUUUUAAAAGUACAAUGGUCAUUUUACCACUUGCAUUCCUUGAUAAUAUAUUUUCUGUUAAGUGACUUGGCCAAGAAAAUUACUAUUAUCAGAAAUGAAGUUAUCAGUCAUUCAAAUUUUAUAAUGUGUUUUCUCUGAAAGAUCAGAAGCAUUGAUAGUAUGAUUUUUUUUAAUUCUUAAAAUUAGUGUUCUCAUUCUGUCUUCACUUCUGAGACUAGAAUAUUGGGAAUUGCAAAAUAGAAAUAGUUGUGUAUGGAUUUAGAAUUUAAACAUACUUUCACAGUUCAGAAAGAUGCAUAGAAGACAGUAAUAAAAUAAUUAAAGACAUAAACCUCAGAUGUUCAUAGAAUAUCAUCAAAUCUCUUUUUAAUUGCCAUGUGUCAUUAUUUUCUCUUUUCUUUAUUCACUAAUAACAAGUAGAAAUGUCAUGGACACUACAUUUUCCCCAGUGGCUACAGUCAAAAACAGGGGUAGGGGUUUAUUUUUCAGUUGUGUGCAUUUUUUCUUAAGUUAGAGCUUUUUUAAAGUGUUUUUCCACAGUAUAAAUUUUUUUGCUGUAUAAAAUCUUGCCAAAUAUGGCUUUUUAUGAAACCAAUACUUUUGAAACAUAAGAUAGUGAUUGAAAUGUCAAACUAAUGGAUUGGGAAUUUUUAUUGUGUUCCAUUUUCUAAUGCCAAAAACAACAGUGUGAGUGAAUAUGCUACUCAGCAUAUGUGUAUAGAAGACAAUUUAAUUCUCUCCUUAUGUCAGAGAUGGCAUGAGAUUGCAUACGUUUUUUUCUAAUAAUAUCAAGCACCUCGUUUAUUAUUGAUGAAUGAUCACAGAAACUAUUCUUGAUAAGGUUGCCUCUUAACCUAUUCACAGACAUUUUAUAGGUUUCAUGCAAAAUAGUCUCUCUUGAUGUUCUUUAGAAAGAUUUCUUAAUGCAAAUCACUCUUGAAAUUUAAACAUGCAAAUUUUUAAUAACAAAAAUGUAGCACCCAUCAAUGAGCAGCUUGGGUUGAAAGGUAUUUUUUGACCAGGUGCAUGAUUGCUAGCAAGCUACAGAGAACUCUGAGGUCAGACACUGAAUUACUUACAUUGCCAAGUAGGAAUAGGGUGCACUUAGCACAGAAGCUGCUGCCUCUCAACAGCAAAGGAGAGGUGGAAAAACAAUCUCUUAUUACUUGAGUAACUAAGUUAACAAUAAAUACUAAUGAGAUGUUUUUCAUCAUUAAUACUCCCUACUCUAAAACAACAUUAAUAAGAAUAGUUGCUAGUUUUUGUUCCCUCAUAAAACACCUUAUAAUUGGAAACUGAUUGUAGGUAUAGUGCAAUUAUGAAUGCUAUAAUCAUUGUACAUACAUAUAUGCCAACAUCCAUAUUGGCUUUAUAGUCAUUAAUUUUUGGCAAAUUGUGCUGUGUUGAUAUGUAUCUAUGUAAUUGUAUAAUAUGUCUUAUAUCUGAUUCACAUUUUAAAUAAUGUUAUUUUAUUUACUUUUUAAAGAGAAGAAUGUAAAUUUUUUUUCAGUUUAUUCCAGACUAGAUAUUUGUUGGUUUUAUUUAAAAAGCAACAAAAAAUCUUAUCAUAGUGCAGAAUUGUAGUAGCAUUGUGCUAUAUAAAAUCAUUUGAACAUUCCUGAGUAAAAGUAAAUUGGAGACACACAGAGGACAGUCAUAAUCAAAACAAUGCUUAAAUCUUGUCAGGGCUUUAUACAGAUAUAGAAGCUGGUUUUGUUAGAAGAAUUUAUGCCAUUAUAUCUAGGAUUAGAAUAUAAGCUCUUAAAUAUCAAUUUGUAUUUGGCAGAUUCAACUUCAGUUAAUUUUACCUUUCUAAUAGCCUUUUUUAGAAAAGUGAAAUUAGAGCAUUUCAAACCACUGAACAUAAGUACUAAUGGGUAUAUUCUAUUUCCCUAAAAAUGUAAUAAAACCAUCAGAUCAGUUAAACAUUAAUUCAGAAAUUACAGAAACCUUAGACUUAACAACAACAAAGUUGCUAAUGUUAAAAAUUUUAAGGAGUUAAAAUUUGUUUAAUAAAGCUAAACCACAUAGUUGAAGGCUAUAAAAAGUGACACUGACAUUCUAAAUGUAUCAUCAAAACAGCUGUUCUUAUUAUAAAUGUAAUUAUAACAUUGGCUCUGAUCUUACUUAUAAACAUUACAAAUCUUCUGUUUUAACUGUUGA